UUCAUUUUUUUUAACUACAAUUUCCAGUUUAAAUUUGCUAUUUAUUUAAUUUACUUUAUUACGUAAAAAAAUGUUUUUACUAUCAGUUACAACAAUUUUAUUAAUAAUUCUAUUACUGUGGCUAAAACAUUUGAACCGUGAUUAUGAAUUAACCUCCUUAACGAGAAAAAUUAAAACGGUAGAUGGUUCGCCUUUGGAGAAGUCCGUGGCUGUUACCUAUGGCUUUUGGGGCAACAGUUAUGAUUUGAUUUCUAUGAACUUGGAGCAAAUGUUUGAUUAUUCUCGCAUAUUUGCCAAAAAAUAUGGACGCAGUUAUAUGCAAUACUUUAUUGCCUGUCCCGUUUACAAUAUAAUUGAUCCAGUAAAUGCAGAAUUAGUUUUAAACGAUAAUCGUUUGUUGGCGAAGGGUAUAGUUUAUACAUUUCUACAUCCCUUUCUUAAGACCGGCCUAUUGACAAGUACCGAUAAAAAGUGGCACAAUCGACGUCGUUUAUUAACGCCUGCAUUUCAUUUCAAUAUUUUAACACAAUUUAUUGAAACAUUUAAGCGUGAAUCUUUAAAAUUCAUUGAUAGUUUGAAUGAAAAAUUAACAGAUGGCACUAUAGAUGCUGAAAUAUCAUUGAGCGAACUUAUACCUCGAUUUACUCUCAAUAAUAUAUGUGAAACCGCACUUGGCGUAAGUCUCGAUGAUCAUUCAGAAGGAGACGAUUAUCGCCAUCAUAUCACCGAAGUUGAGGAAAGUCUAAUGAAGCGUAUACAAAAUCCUAUAAUGGUUUAUGAUUUACUUUACUAUACAUUUGGCGAUGGUAAAAACUACUUAAAGUCCAUGGAUAAAUUACAUAAAUUUUCCUCUGGCAUCAUAGAAAAACGACGAAAUCUAAUGGAAAAAGAGAUGCAGAAUCAGAAUAAUUUGGAAACUGCAGAAAGUGAUGACAACAUAUAUCGUAAGCAACGUUAUGCCAUGUUGGACACUAUGUUGCUGGCUGAAAAAGAUGGCCUUAUAGAUCAUGCCGGUAUUUGCGAAGAAGUUGAUACUUUUAUGUUUGAGGGCUUCGAUACAACUUCCAUGAAUUUAAUAUUUACUUUAAUGAAUUUAGCUUUGCAUCCGGAAAUACAACAAAAAUGUUUUGAAGAAAUACAACAGCACGUGCCAACGGAUCUUAAAGAAUUGGCAAUGCCAGAAUUGAGUAAUCUAAAAUAUUUGGACUGUUUCAUUAAGGAAACUCAACGUUUAUAUCCUUCAGUGCCCAUUAUAAUACGAGAAUGUACAACGGAUUUGGCAUUGCCAAAUAAUUUACUUUUACCGAAGGGUACACAAGUCAAUAUACAUAUUUUCGAUAUUCACAGAAAUCAUUUAUAUUAUGAUGAACCAGAGGAAUUUAGACCGGAGCGUUUUAUGUCGCCGGAAGUAGAAAAACGACAUCCGUUUGCCUUUAUACCAUUCAGUGCGGGCCAGAGAAAUUGUAUUGGUCAAAAGUUUGCCAUGUUAGAAAUUAAGACUUUAUUGGUGUAUGUCUUGAGGAAUUUCAAAUUAGAGCCCGUUACACUGCCAAAUUCAUUUCAAUUUUCAGCUGGUAUUUUAAUUCGUACUAGGACAAAUAUUAAAAUUAAAAUAAAGAAACGUAUUAAUAUUCUAUUAAAAAUGGUAUUUUGGACUUUGGCAGUGGGUUUUCUUCUAAUAAUUUGGCUAUUUAAAUUAAAUAAAACUUAUUAUAUUUUGGCAUUAUUUGCACCACGAUUGAAAACUAAAGAUGGAAAACCAGUGGAAAAAAUUGCACCCACUGCGCCGGGUAAAACUAUAUUUGGCAACACAUUCGAUAUGACUGGUUUAGAUUUCGUGGGUAUCUUUAACCAUGCACGAAAAAAUGCUGCCCUAAUGAAGACAAAUUAUACACAACAUUUUAUGGGCAAAACUCUGCUCAAUGUCAUUGAAGCUGAGUUGUGGGAAAUGAUUGCUACUGAUACGAAACUAAUUAAAAAAGGCUUUGUCUAUGAUUUUUUACAGCCGGCUCUAGGUGAGGGUCUAUUAAUAUCGAGGGAUAAGAAAUGGCAUGCUAGACGUAAAAUGUUAACGCCCGCAUUUCAUUUCAAUAUUUUGGGACAAUUUGAGGAAAUUUUCAAAGAAGAAAGUCAAAAAUUUGUAAAAGAAUUGGACAAUUUGGAUUCGGAUAUAUUGCUAUUGGACGAAAUCAUACCAAAACUUACAUUAAAUGUUGUAUGUGAAACCGCUUUGGGUGUGAAAUUGGACGAGUGUUUAAAUGGCGAUGAGUAUCGUGAAAGUUUCAAAGUUUUCGAAGAAUGUUUUAAUAAACGUGUAAAUACUCCAUAUUUGUUAGUGGAACCCAUAUAUAAACUUCUCGAGGAACAUAAAUACACACCAGCCAUAAAAAUUGUCCACGAUUUCUCCAGUGAUAUAAUUGAGAAGAGACGACAGUUAUUUGAAGCAGAAUUAAAUAAUCAAAAGGUUGAGCAAUCUACAGAAAAUGAAGAAUUUGGUUUCAAGAAAAAACGUUACGCCAUGUUAGAUACACUUUUGAGAGCUGAAAAAGAAGGUCUAAUCGAUCAUGCUGGCAUAUGCGAAGAAGUCGAUACAUUUAUGUUUGAAGGUUUCGAUACCACUUCAAUGGGCCUAACUUUUAGUCUUAUGAAUCUAUCGCUAUAUCCAGAAAUGCAAGAACGUUGUUAUCAGGAAAUCAUCGAAAAUAUUGAUGAUUUUGAAAAUAUGGAUGUUUCCAAAUUGAAUAACCUAAAGUACAUGGAAUGCUUUUUGAAGGAAACAAUGCGUCUGUAUCCCUCGGUGCCGGUUAUAAUGCGAGAAACUGUACAGGAAACUCAAUUGCCAAAUGGUUUAAUUUUGCCAGCUAAUACAUUUAUUUCAAUACAUAUCUUCGAUAUACAUCGUAAUCCCAAGCAUUUCGAAAACCCCAACACAUUCGAUCCGGAAAGAUUUACGCCUGAGAGAUCGGCUGGCAGACAUCCGUAUGCGUUUUCACCAUUUAGUGCUGGUCAGAGGAAUUGUAUUGGUCAAAAAUUCGCCAUGCUAGAGAUGAAAACAUUGCUGGUUCACGUCAUUCACAAAUUCAAAUUGUUACCCUUAGUAGAUCCUGAUAAAUUCGAGUUUAAAACUGGCAUUAUAAUUCGUACCAAGAAUGAGGUUAAAGUUCAAUUAGUUAAAAGACAAUAA